AUCCGACAAGACAUCUCACAGCAAGAAGCUGAAGAAGAGAGCGACAGUGAAGAGCCUUCUUCAAAACCGACCUCGGGAAGGAAGUCAAUCAUGCCCGUGGCUGAGAAAGAAGCAGCACUGAACGCUGACCCCGAGCUCGCCGAGGCCAAGACCGCUGUGGAAAAUCAAUGGCAGGUUUACUACAGCUGCUUCACUGACGAUGCCAGAAAAUACAGAAAUUUCAAGUAUAUUUAUGAAAUCGCAACAGGUGCACGAGUAGCUGGACAGAACCGGGACGUUACCUUUGCGGAUGGAUAUAAUGCUGAUAAUGUUCUCGAGAUCUUGGAGGAGCUACAAAGACUAACCGCUGCACUCCGGAAGCUCCAUAAAGUCAAGAGCCGCCAUUUGACCACCGAGUACCUUCGCAAUCGAACCAAGCAAGACACAGAGGGGAAGAUGCCAGGCACCAGUGCGCAGCGUGAUGCAGCCCUGGAGAAAUCGGCACAAGUUUCCAGUUUUCUUCAGCCAAUCAUACAAGAAACAGCUGCAAAGGCAACUGCAAACGCACCUUCUGAUCGGAUUACGGACACUGAGGACACUGUGACGACGACCACAGACACUACUAGCCCUGCCAUUUCUGAAAACGACGAUGAUGAUACCGACGGCAUCACAUUGGGUGAUUUCGCCCGACCAGAGUACUCGUCGUCAAUGUUCACAACGCUGCAUCUGCUCGACACAGAAUGUCCACCGACAUCUAUGCUCGAGGACGACAUGAACGCCGGUGAAUUUGUGCCUGCGGAAAAGGACAUCAACGAGGAGGAAGAACCCAAUGAGUGUCCUUUGUCCGUCACCGAGGUUCGUGCGGGGGUGAUGGCAGCGCUCAUGGAACCCAUCGAAGCUGAUCGUGAAAUUGCCAAGCACUACGACCAGGCGACGAAAAGAUGGACGUGCCCCAGGUGCAAGUUGUAUACUCAUGAUCCAGAGAUGCGAAACGGGAAAACUUUUGAUAAGGAUCCGCACUUUCGGCGCCAUGUGUGAGUCGUCCUUUCCACCCAUCAGAUGCAUGGUUCAUCGUCUAGAAUAGGCGCAAGGUACAUACGGAAUGGAAAGACUUGGAACUCCAGUUGGUCUCACAUUGGACCGAUGCAGAUGAAGUCCGUUAUCGGGAGUACAGAUGCCCUUGCACCUACUACAGCCAUUCUACUCAGGAUCUCAUGCGAAAGCAUAUGAUCAGUACCGACUGCUCCGCCAGGAUUAGCCACAUCAAGU